AUGUCUGACGAGGGCCCCAUUCUCGUGACCGGCGUCAACGGCUACCUAGGUGCCAGAGCAGCGGAGGCCGUCCUCAAGGCCGGCUACUCUGUUCGCGGCACUGUUCGCAAGGUCGAUGCGGGGCAAAAGACCAAGGAUGCUCUCGUCGCCCUCGGCUACGAUGCCAGCCGGAUCGAGCUCGUCGAAGUGCCCGAUAUCUCUCCUGAGGGUGCUUUCGACAAGGCCGUAGUUGGAUGCUCGGCUAUACUGCAUGUGGCGGCGCCCAUCACCGACAUCUUUGUCCUCGCGCCUCCAGACGUCGUCCGGGUCGCCACCGAGGCAACCACCAGGAUCGUCGACUCGGCAAUCAAGUAUGCCGGACCCGAGUUGCGGAGCAUCGUGCUCAUGUCCUCGUCGGCAGCCCUGUUUGACAUACCCCCAGUGCCUGCACGCUACGAUGAAAAUAACUGGGCCGAGAACUCGUACAAGGCCGUUAUGACUCCAGAGAUACUGGAGAAGAUCGACCCGGCCCACAGGCCUCUCAUGGCUUAUGCGGCCGCAAAGCUACACUCCGAGCGCGAGUUCUGGAAGAAGCGAGAUGAGGUGGCGGCCGCUGGCGGCGACCAUGCGAAAAUCUCCUUCACAGCUAUCCAAGCGACGUGGUUUUUCGGCCCCCCGGUCGUGCCAUGGCCGAGUGCCAAGGCGCUUCCGUACUCUGCUAGCUGGCUUACCCGAGUCCUGGCCGGCGAGGACCCUGCCGCUGCCAGAAUGAUGGCUGGGACCCUUCCCUCCGAGGCGGCCAUCGAUGUCCGCGACGUGGCCCGCGUGCUUGUCUGGGCUGCCCUGAAUCCUGACAAGGCCGACGGCGAGCGAUUCCUCUGCAGCGCCGGCGCGGGAGGCUCCCAGGCCGUGGCCGACAUUCUCGACCGCGUCAGCAAGACUGGCGAAGUGCCUGAGCUCAGCGGGUACGUCGUCAAGAACAAGGGCACGCCUGGUAAGGGGUACGGCCCAGACUACUCGCUGAAGACGGACGAGCCGGCGCUGGAAUUCGACGGCAGCAAGGUCGUCAAGGCAACUGGCGUGGAUUACAUCCCGUUUGAGCAGAGUGUGUUGGACACAGUCAAGUUUGCCCUGCCGGUAGUGACCCAGAGCUAG